AGAAGAAGAAGUGAUGGUUAUCUCAGACAGAGCUACCUGUCUGCAUGUCAGUUAAAGUCAAACUGUCAGAGAGACCUGAAGCAUAUUCAGAGUUUGUGAAGAGCUACAUCAUGAUGUCUGAUUCCAGGGUUUCCUCUGUCAUCCAGGACUGGGCGGGCUCAUACCCGGGUCAGGCCAACAGCCUGAACCCUACCACAGCGACCAAUCAGCUGUCUCAGAUGGACAUGAUGCCGUACAGCCAGUCUCAGGGACUGAUGAGAGGGGGCAGUGAUGACCGGGGGGCUGAGCAGAUGAUGGGACUGUCUUAUCUGCCGUACUCAUCUUCCUGUCUCAGCAACACCUCAAAUGCAGGAAACCACCAACAGAGCCACGCCAACACUCAGCAGGACUUCUCCUCCUUCCUCAUGCCAACUCUGCGGGCCCCGGUAAACAAGAGGAGCAUCAGCAAGGACAGUGUAGAGUAUCGCAUGCGACGAGAGAGGAACAACGUCGCUGUGAGAAAGAGCCGGGACAAGGCCCGCCGGAGGAUCCUGCUGACCCAGCAGAGGGCCAUGCAGCUGCAGGAGGAGAACCAGAAGCUGCAGGUGAGGAUAGGGCAGCUGACACAGGAGCUGGACUCUCUCAAACACAUCCUGUCACAGCGACACCUUCAGGGGGCGGAUGGGGGAGCAGCAGGGGAGUCCAGUAUCUAGAACCAC